GGGAUAACGAGGGGAGGUGCGUAGGGGACUGCUCCUGCUUUGUAGGGAACCGUUCCUGCCUGGGUGUGUUAUUGUUUGGGACCUUGCAGCUCCGUGUGUUCUUUGGCUGCCCAACAGUCUGAGGUUGGUCAAGCACGAGAUCCUGUCGAGGGGUGCUGCUGCGUUGUCUUGUUUCACUCCCAGGUUUCUUUCCUUGCUUGGUUCUCGGUUUUGUCGGCCCAACUUUCUAUUGGGUUGUGGCCUUGCUUGUCUUGGGAUUUGAGAUCUAUCAGAUUGAGAUUUCGACUUUCUCGUCUGAGCUUGAUGGUGCGGUGGGGAGAUAUCUACACGCCCCUGGUUCAGCUUUCUGUCACCCAGGGUAGGGAUCACGCGCCGCCGCCGCCGACGACAACGACAACGACAACGACGACAACAACAGGCCAACGAUUGAUGAGCGAGGCCAGGACGCCGGCAUCGAGAGUCAUAUCCGAAGGAGAUACGCACCUACUGGUAAGAUAGUGCUUGUCUGGGGUGGAUUGGAUAAGCGACGGCAUCCACAACGCCUAUAGACAGGAGAGCAAUAGCCAAAGGGGGAAUAGGGGGAGGGAACAAACCACGACAGCAACGAAGAUGGCCUUUCUCGCAGGGGUCCUCACCCUCCUACUAGCAACCGCAACCAUCCUCACCACGCGCCAUCACCACACCAUUCCCCUCUCAUCAACGCUAUCACUUCUAAUUCUCACCCCCCUAGCCCUAGCAGACUGCGAAUGCGGCUACCUCUCCACCAUAGGCGAGCUCCUCCCCAACUCCCACGCCCCUUCUCAUCAACAACAUCAUGCCCUCUUUACCGACCUCAUCGAGUCCGACUUCACAAAAUUAGUCCCCGAGGGCGAGGGAGAAGCCACCAUAUCAGCCAACACGGACUGGGUUCGUCAAGCAUUCAACCUGAGCGAUCAAAGGGCAAGGGGAAAAUACGGGGAGAUGUUUGCCGUGGAGAAUGUGGACGCUGCCGGGAAAGAGGAGGAGGAUAAAGGGCUGAAGUUGGUGGUGAGGGGGAGUGUGGUAGAGGAUAUGGUGCCUGUGGCAGAGAUUGAUACGAGGAGGUUGGACAUGUACUGGGGCACGUUUAGGGCUUCGAUGAAAAUGACGAAGGAGAGGGGGACUUGUUCGGCGUUUUUUUGGUAUUUCAACGACACGCAAGAAAUCGACAUGGAGUUUUUGUCCAAGGACUUUGACAAGAGCAACGAUAGCUAUCCGGUUAAUCUGGUUUUGCAGUCGAGGGAGGCGGUGUUGAAUGGGUAUGAUUCUGCGGCGACGUCGAACUUUGUCAAGGCUUAUUUACCGUUUGAUCCGACGGAAGGGUUUCAUGAGUAUAGGAUUGAUUAUUUGCCUGGGAGGGUGUAUUUUUAUGUGGAUGGGGGGUUGUUAGGGAAGAUUGAGGGGGAGGCGGUGCCGAGCUCGGCGGGGCAUUUGAUUUUGCAGCAUUGGAGUAAUGGGAAUAGGUUGUGGAGUGGGGGGCCGCCGGGGAGGGAUGCUGGGUUGGUGGUGAGAUAUGUCAAGGCGUAUUUUAAUAGUUCGAGGGAGGAGAGGCAGAGGGAUUGGGAGAAUAGGUGUAGGGAUCCUGGGGCGGAGGGGGCGGUUUGUAUGGUGCCGGAUGUGUUGCCCACUAAUGGGACGGCGGGGGAGUGGUUUUUUAUGGAGAGGGGGAACAUGACUAAUAAUCAGACUGUCUGGAGGAGUGAAGGGGGGAGGUGGGAGGGGAGCACAAGGCUGUCGGGGUGGGUAGUGUUGGGAGUGGUGGUUUGGUUUAUGCUUUAG